AUUGUUCUGCCGCAACAACAAAAGUUAUAGAAAUAUUGUCCAAGACUAAUAGUCAUGCCAAUAUAUCGAAUAUGAUUGACGUUGCAUUUUCAUGGAGCAAGCAAAUGUUAUAAAAUAAAACAAUGGAUCUUGAUACUCCAACCACAGAUCCAUUAUCACUGCUCAAGGAGCGCUGUGAAUCUCUUGAAUAUGCUUCCACCAUGAUAAUGGGGGUGCAUAACAAAUGUACGUUCCAGGUUACACUUAAAGUGAAUAAGGAAAAAACAUACAUUACUUCGGCGCCCACUACACCAAUAGCUAUAAGGAAGGCAGCAUUGGCUGCCUUGAAAGAUGUGAGAAAGCAAAACAAUACAUCAACUGCGGAGGAAAUUCCUUUGCAGAGCAAAAACAAAGAAUCUCUAAAUUUAUCCAAAGUUCCUGCCAAUGCCACGGAAUGUGAUGAAGAUUUAUCCAAUAUGCCCCCACCGUUGGUUGUAAAAAAUCCAUUGCAAACAUUGAAAAAGAAACGGUCCAAAUGUAAUUUAAUGUCUCCAAUAAAAAUACCAAAAAUCGAAACAGCUGUUAGCCCGGAAAAUAAAAACAAAGAAAAUGAAAUUGCAAACUACAAUGAGGCUCCCAACCAAAUAAAAGAAGUAUCAGAUACUUCACAAAAGCAUAUUCCGUCGUUAGAUGAUAAGUUACAACAAGAAGAAGGGGAAAUCAACGUCGCUCCCGUUGCAUUUCCAGCUAAUGUUGCAAGUCCUACAAAUAUUGAUGCUGCAGAAAACAGCGAUGAAAAUGAUAUCAUUCUGGUAAUAAAUGCGCCUAACCCCCCAUCAAUUAAUCUCAUAUCUAGCGGUUAUGAUAACAAUACCCCUUUGAAUGAUACAAACAACGAGAGUAGUUCUGUAGCUAAUAGCAAUAUAGAUAAUGAUGAUGCUGUUAUAGCCAUAAUCGAGGUACCACCAACAAUUGAUCUUGCUUCCGAUGAAAAUCAAGAUGUUGAGUCAAAUGAAAAUUUUUCGUCUGAAGUUGCCAGUUCAAAUUAUGUUUCCCCAAUAUCAAUGACAGAAGAAACCGCAACAAUUGAUCUCGAUUGCGAUGAUAAUCAGGAAAAGGAAGAAAUAAUAAAUGAAUGUGUAUCGCAAUUGUUGACGAACGAUGAUGAAAUUUCUUCGGAAGUCAUGGAAAGGAAUGAGGAAGAUAAAGAUCUUGAUGAUGAAACUCGCAGAGACAAUACUGAACUGAAAGACCCCGCAACCGCUAUCAAAGAAAAUCGAACAAUAACUUGCAGAUCAACAAAUCGAAAUAAUGAAGCUCCUGGAAUGGUGGAUAGACAUAUCCAAGAACAUUCCAAAAAUCGGCGAUUACGUAAUGUUACAAUGCAAGGAAGAAAUGUUAACAUAACUCUGAGCAAUCCACAAGAACCCCAACAACAAUUUAGAAAUAAUUCACGCAAUUGGAGGCUUGAUCUGUCUCGAAGACGUAAUUUUCGUAGGAAUCCUUCAAUACAUUUUCAAAAUAAACAACGAUUUAAAGGACAAAUACGGAAACAUCAACAACCGUACAAUGUCAGAAAUGCACGCAACAGCGCAACCGCCCAUUGCAAUGAUCAUCCAUCAAAUUCCUCUAAUGAUAAUAAUCCACAUUCACGAGAUUUCAAUGGACCAAGUACAAGUAGGCAACAAAUGAAUGUAUGGGACCAAAACAACAGUAACACGGCUUAUUUCAAUUCUCCAGCGAGUUUAUGCAACAGCCGUAGCCAGUAUUCUGGCACAGACAACUGUAGCCAAGAAAUUAAUGUAGCCAACAACAAUUUUGCAAACUGUGAUUACAACAGUCCUUGGAAUCCUUUCAACGACAAUAGUCAGUAUCCUCGACAUUGUAAUGAACCAGAUCGGCAAGAAAUUAAUUUCUUCAAUCCACCAUCGAAUCCAUUCAAUGACAUUAAUCAGUCAUCUAGACCUUGCAAUAAACCAGAUCAGCAAGAUAUGAAUCCAUUCAAUGCAUCAUCGAAGCCAUUCAACAACAAUAAUCAAUAUUCUCGACAUUCCCCAGAGGCAGACAAAAGUAGUCAACCCAGAAAUAAAUUUCCUGCCACAACUGAUAUUUUACAAAAUAUAAAUGAACUAUGCCCCGGUAUUCGUUACAAUCUAGAAGCCGAAAUGGGUACAUCAACAAACGAUACUUUCUACAUGAUGUCUGCAAUAUUUAAUAAAUGUAAAUAUUAUGGUGAUGGUAAAACCAAAGAAUUGGCUUGCAUAGAGGUAGCCAAAAAAAUCUUAGAGGCUCUUAACAAGAUAAUACCGCAAAGUUCCAGAAACUCUCAACAGCAGUCGGUGAUCUCAACAAAUCUAAAUUUUAAUAUUAUACCACAAAUAUAUCCAGAAGAUGGAGGAGAAGAUCCAUCCCAGCCAUAUGCCAAUAUGUGUACAUUGUCACUGCCCCAAUACGUUGCAGAUAUUAUAGAAAAUUUAGUUCUAAAUCGCUUCUCACAAUUAACUCAAGAAAAUCCUGAGCUAAGGCAAUGUAAAGCCUUAUCUGCUGUGGUGAUGACACGUAAUUUUGAUUUUAAAAAUGCUCAAGUUGUGGCUCUAGCUACCGGAACAAAAUGUAUACAUGGCAGUAAAAUAGAUUGCAACGGCUGUGUACUUAAUGAUUCACAUUCUGAGGUAAUAGCCCGACGUUGUCUAAUGAAAUUUUUGUAUACUCAAAUAAAAUGGCAUUCAAGUCCAGGGCUGAAAGAGAAUUCCAUAUUCGUGAGAAAUCCAAGUGGUUUACAGUAUUCAUUUGCGCUCAAGGCAGAGAUUAAUUUUCAUCUUUACAUGAGUAAUGUACCCUGUGGCGAUGCCAGUUUAUCUACAGAUAAUAAUAACUAUGGAGAAUAUGGCCAAUUACGUACAAAAUUACAUGGUGGUCUAAUAACCGAACCCAUAGGCAAUCGGUUUCAUCAUCAAUCUUGGAACAACAUUAAAACGGCCAAGGAACCACUACUCAUAAUGUCAUGCUCUGAUAAAAUUGCCCGUUGGAAUGUUUUGGGGGUACAAGGCUCUCUACUCUCCACCCUCAGCGAACCCAUUUACCUGUAUUCCAUUGUUUUGGGUUGUGCGUUUGAUACCAAGCAUGUAUAUCGUGCUGUGUGUGGACGUUUGGAACAAAAAUUGAAUUUUCUUCCAAAACCCUAUCAUCUGAAUCGACCUCUUUUGGGUUGCACCAGAAAUUCCCGUUUUUGUCCCAGCAAUCAUAUACCAAGUAUUGGUAUUAAUUGGACAUACGGUGAUAGAUCCAUAGAUAUUAUAUCCUUACAUACUGGACGCUUGAUAAACAACGCCAUUUCAUAUCUCAGCAAACAAAUGUUAUUUUCAAAAUACAUUUAUCUAUUGCAAAAUGUGCCAAAUCUUAACCUGUAUCAAGCCUCCAAUAAUUAUGCUCAAAACAAAGACAAUGCCAAAGAUUAUAGUAUAGCCAAACAAGAGCUAUUUGAUGCUUUUCAACAUGCCGGCCUAGGUUGUUGGAUAAGGAAACCCUAUGAACAAAAUAAUUUUACUAUAUAAAUAUUGUACAAAUAAUUUUCGUUUAGUUUUAGGUCAUUAUUAAAAUGUGAAUGAAUAUUUAGGUUUCGUAUUGAAUAUAUCUUUUUUGUUUAUUUUUUAUGUUUGAAAAUUUGAAUGAAUAUGCAAAUAAUAAUUUAUUUUUCAUUUUGAAAAACCAAGCAAUAUGCUUGUUUCAAUGGCAAACCACGAGGAUAUGGAGAAUACUUAUCAACAAUCUACAAAAAUAA